AAAUUACUCGGGAGGGUUAAGGGGAGAGCGAGAAGCAGGACGAGGGGGAAAGAGAUAGGAUGGAUGGAGAGAUGGACGAGGCGAUGCGAGCGCACUUUCCCGUUUCUUUCGGGAAGCAGUCGACGUCCGAACACCGAUCGUCUUCUGUACAGCCGCCUCCGUCGUCGUCCGAUGCACUCGAUGCGGAGGAGGAUGAGGAGGAGAUGAUCGGGCCUCCGCGGCCACGAAAUGGUGCUUCGGAUGAUGGAUCAGAUUCCGACUUGGAUGACUCGCCACCGAAUGAUAACAUUCGAAUUCCUCUUAGCAACGAGAUCGUGCUGAAGGGGCAUUCAAGGAUUGUCUCAGCUCUCGCAAUUGAUCAUUCUGGAUCGAGAGUGCUCUCUGGAAGUUAUGACUACACUGUAAGAAUGUAUGAUUUCCAAGGAAUGACUUCCAAGUUACAAUCAUUCAGACAGUUGGAACCUUUCGAGGGACACCAGGUUCGGAGCAUAAGUUGGAGUCCCACAUCAGACAGAUUUCUUUGUGUAACAGGUUCAGCACAAGCUAAGAUUUAUGAUCGAGAUGGACUUACUUUGGGUGAGUUCAUUAAGGGAGAUAUGUAUAUACGUGACUUGAAGAACACCAAGGGUCAUAUUUCUGGCUUGACUGGUGGAGAAUGGAAUCCCAAAUCCAAGGAAACUGUCUUAACUUCUUCUGAAGAUGGUUCUUUGCGAGUAUGGGAUGUAAAUGACUUCACAAGUCAAAAACAGGUUAUCAAACCUAAGCUUGCUAGGCCAAUGAGAGUUCCAGUUACAGCAUGUGCAUGGGAUCAUGAAGGCAAACGCAUUGUUGGCGCUGUUGGUGAUGGUUCCAUACAGUUAUGGAGUAUCAAGCCUGGAUGGGGCAGCAGGCCAGACAUUCAUGUGGAGAUAGCACAUAAAGAUGAUGUCAGCGGACUCAAGUUCUCAGCUGAUGGCUUAAUUCUUUUGUCCAGAAGCAUGGAUAGUACACUUAAGGUUUGGGAUUUGAGGCAAAUGAAAAAUCCUAUCAAAAUAUUCGAAAACAUUCCCAAUCACUAUCCCCAAACAAACGCUGCAUUUAGUCCGGACGAGCAGCUCAUCUUUACUGGAACAUCGGUUGAAAAAGAAGACACAACUGGAGGCACGCUUUGUUUCUAUGACAGGAAGAAACUUGAACUUAUAUCAAAAAUUGGAAUCUCCCCACAUCAAAGUGUGGUGCGCUGUGCUUGGCAUCCCAAAAUCAACCAGGUGUUUGCAACGGUGGGCGACAAAAAAGAAGGCGGCACACACAUACUAUAUGAUCCAUCGAUGAGUCAUAGAGGAGCUCUUGUAUGUGUUGCGCGGGCGCCGAGGAGAAAAUCGGUCGAUGAUUUUGAGGCACAGCCAAUUGUUCACAAUCCCCAUGCCUUACCUUUAUUUAGAGACCAACCUAGUCGUAAGCGGCAGAGAGAGAAGAUCCUCAAGGACCCUCUGAAAUCACAUAAACCUGAACUUCCUGUAAAUGGCCCAGGCUUUGGUGGAAGAGUGGGUGCUACUAAGGGCAGCUUGUUGACACAGUACCUUAUGAAGCAAGGUGGUUUGAUCAAGGAAACAUGGAUGGAAGAAGAUCCAAGAGAGGCCAUACUUAAAUAUGCAGAUGCUGCUGCAAAAGAUCCCAAGUUCAUAGCUCCUGCUUAUGCAGAGACUCAGCCGAAGCCUGUUUUUGCCGAGUCAGAUUCGGACGACGAGCAGGAAUCAGGGCAUUAAUUAUUUGUAUUCUUCAAAUCCCUGAAGCAGCAGUCAACAGAAGUUCUGUUGGGUUGAAGGGAAGCGGAGAAAAUGAAAUUUAUGCCCAAAAAA